CAAUAAGGGCGGCAAAACAAGCAAGAAAGAAGGACCCCGGCCUCUGCUGAGCCGGGCGCUCGGAGGGAACCGUCCGGAGGGCCCCAGUAGCGCGAGGAGCAGCCGCAGCCGCAGCGCUGCUCCCGCUAGGCGGGAGGGACGGAGGGAAGGACCCUCCCAUCCCAACUCUUUCCUUCAGCCGCUGGCGGCUUGUUCCUGGGCGGGCCGCCCCCUUGCGGGGCUCCACUGCUCUCACACGCCCCACGGACCCGGAGGAGGAUGGCAAACCGGCGGUUACAGUAAGGGCAGCCCUGCGUGAGGAGCAGCGAGAAGGGGACGAAGCCAGCCGGCGCGAGAAGCAGACAUGGCCAACGAGUCGCUUCAGAGUGAUCCAGGCAGCUGGUCAGUGCUGGAGCACCUAGGCCUGGAUCAGAGCUCGGAUUUCUCAGACACUAGUGUGCAGCAGAAGUUAGAUGAAGAGAAAGAAAAGAUUAAGCGUGAAAUCCGCAAAGAGCUGAAGAUCAAAGAGGGAGCAGAGAACCUACGCAAGGCCACUACAGACCGUAAAAAUCUCUCCAAUGUGGAGAACUUGCUCAAGAGCUCCAACCGCAAGCUGGAGGCCCUGCACCACCAACUGCAAGACCUCAAUGCACACAUUGUGGUCAAAGACCCUGAAGAGCUGGGGGUUGCCCCCCAGUCACCAGGCAGCCUGAGCCGAUCAACAGCUACCAAAAACCGUAUUGCUGGCUUGGAGAAGCAGCUAAAUAUUGAGCUGAAGGUGAAACAGGGUGCAGAGAACAUGAUCCAGAUGUAUGACAACGGUGCUGCUAAGGACCGGAAGCUGCUGCAGACAGCCCAACAGAUGCUACAGGACAGCAAGACCAAGAUCAAUAUAAUCCGUAUGCAGAUCCGCAAGGCUAUGCAAGCUGAUGAGGUGCAGCUGAAUGUGGAAGAUGGGCAAGGUAACACUGAUCUGAGUGCCAUAGAGUUGAGGAUUGAGGAGCUGCGACACCACUUCCGGGUGGAGCACGCUGUAUCUGAGGGGGCCAAGAAUGUAUUGCGUCUACUGGGCUCCAGCAAAGUUCAGGACCGCCAUGCCAUCUCUGAGGCACAGAACAAGCUGAAUGAGUCAAACCAGAAAUUGGACCUUUUGCGUCACUCUCUGGAGCAACGUCUUGGUGAGCUGCCACAAGACCACCCCAAGGGCUGCAUCAUCAAAGAAGAGCUUAUCCUCGCCUCCUCCCCUGCCUUCAGUGCUCGCAAUACCACUACCUACCAACACAACCAGUACAACACCCUUUCAAAGCCAUCUCCACUGACAGGCACAUUGGAGGUGCAGUUGUUGGGCUGCAAUGGGUUGUUGGAGCAUGUCCCAGGACGUAGCCGUGGCUCCACUGUCUCUCUACCUUGCAACAGCCCUGGCGAAGCACGGCCCUCUUUCAUGAGCCGGAGUGGGCGAGGGUUGUACAGCCGGAGUGGUAGUGUAAGUGGCAGGACCACCAUCAAAACUGAAGAUAUCAGCAAUGAAGUGAGUGCUGUACUGAAGCUAGAUAAUGCAGUUGUAGGCCAGACAGCCUGGAAACCCAGUGGCCUGCAAGCCUGGAACCAGAUUUUCACUGUGGAGCUGGAGAGGGCAAGAGAGCUGGAGAUUGGUGUAUACUGGCGUGAUUACCGCAGUCUUUGUGCCCUGAAAUACCUCAAGUUAGAAGACUUCCUUGACAACCAACGCCAUGAAAUCCACUUGGAAUUGGAGCCACAAGGCACUCUCUUGGCAGAGGUAACUUUCUUCAACCCUGUCAUUGAACGCAUUCCCAAGCUCCAGCGACAGAAGAAGAUCUUCUCCAAGCAACAAGGGAAGGCUUUCCUGCGUGCCCGGCAGAUGAACAUUGAUAUUGCAACAUGGGUACGGCUCCUGCGACGCAUCAUCCCCACUGCCAACACCACAGGCACCUAUAGUCCCUCAACACAGAUGACCCCAACAUCUGGCUCAGAGAGUAGGCAUAGUCUCAACUCUGGGGACAUUGCUAUUGAGAAGCUGAGCUUGGAAGGGGACCGAUUGCAAGUGGAACAAGUAGACCAGGAUGACAAUGAGCUACCUAAUAAGGUCUUGUUGACCCCACGGGUGGGCGAUGAAAUUCCUUUCCAGGUGGAGCUGGGCUCAGGAGGUGAGGCCAGAGGGUCUGACAGUACUUUUCACAGCAUCCUUAGAAAAACACCUCUCACUAUGGAUGAUUUUCGAUUUGCAGCUGUGCUUGGUCGUGGCCAUUUUGGCAAAGUGCUACUGUCUGAGCUACGUCGGACAGGGGAGCUUUUUGCUAUCAAAGCCUUGAAGAAGGGUGACAUUGUUGCAAGGGAUGAAGUGGAGAGCCUGAUGUGCGAAAAACGAAUAUUUGAGGUUGUGACCCAUGCCCGGCACCCCUUCCUAGUGAACCUCUUCGCCUGUUUCCAGACACCUCAGCAUGUCUGUUUUGUAAUGGAGUACACAGCAGGUGGAGACCUUAUGAUGCACAUCCACACAGAUGUAUUCACUGAACCACGUGCUACAUUUUAUGCUGCUUGUGUAGUCCUAGGGCUGCAGUUUCUUCAUGAUCAUAAAAUCGUAUACAGGGACCUGAAGCUGGAUAACUUAUUGCUGGACAUGGAAGGUUUUGUGAAAAUUGCAGACUUCGGCCUCUGCAAGGAAGGGAUGGGAUAUGGUGAUCGCACCAGCACAUUCUGUGGGACACCAGAGUUUCUGGCUCCUGAAGUUCUGACAGACACUUCGUACACACGAGCAGUUGACUGGUGGGGCUUGGGUGUACUUGUAUAUGAAAUGCUUGUAGGGGAGUCCCCCUUUCCUGGAGAUGAUGAAGAGGAAGUAUUUGACAGCAUUGUGAAUGAUGAAGUGCGCUAUCCUCGCUUCCUUUCUACAGAAGCCAUUGGUAUCAUGCGCCGGUUGCUGCGACGGAACCCAGAGCGGCGCUUGGGCUCCAGUGAGCGUGAUGCUGAAGAUGUGAAAAAGCAGCCGUUUUUCAGGAGCAUCGAGUGGGAAGCCCUGCUGGCCCGUAAGAUCAAGCCACCAUUUGUGCCAGUAAUCAAGGGCCGAGAAGACAUCAGCAACUUUGAUGAGGAAUUCACAGCUGAGGCACCUAUGCUGACUCCGCCCCGUGAAUUACGGCCCCUCACCCAAAAGGACCAGGAUGCCUUUAAGGACUUUGACUAUGUUUCUAAUGCCUGCUAGCUCUGGCAGUGGGGGGUGAGGAGAUCCCCAACAAUACUGCCAGCCUUAUAGGGCAGGAUUCUGCUCCAUUAGUGACUCAUAUGCUUGCUAGCCCUGCCUGCUAGCUCUAGGGGUGGGGCUAGGAAAGCCCAGCAACACUGCCAGCCUCAUGGGGUAGAGAAAUGUUCACCAUCAUGUACCAGGUCUGCAAAUAGGUAGGGAAAUACUUCUGCAUGCUGCAGGAUAUGACAUCAAGCAUGCAGAUACCAUGGACACAUGCUAGUUCCAAGGAAGUGGCAAGAGACAGGCGGCCAGCCCCGUCUAGCAGGUAAUAUUGACUGAGAGAUUUGAGCAAUGAAGUCUCAGUGAAAACACCUUUUCUUCAUCUGUUCCCAGACUUCCUACUGAACCAAGCAGAAAUAAUUUUCCAUAGUUAGGGGCCCAUGGGUGUUGAAACCAGAGAACCAUUCCCUAACCCCAGCACACACAUCUUAGAGCCUCCAACAUGGAAAAAAGUACAAGCAGUGUUGCAAAGAAACAGCUUGCCCUGCUGGUACUGUUCUCAAAAGCUUUUUAUUCAAAUCCCUAACCCUAAACGAAAACCCCUUACUCCUUUUCUGCACCAUUGCCAUGUACCUGCCUGUAAAAGUCCUGCAACCUAUUGGUAGGUUCAUUCCCACCAUUUGGAAAUGACUGAAUUAUACUACAUUUCCUUCCUAUAUCCUCGCUCACUUUCUGAGACUUAUCUACUGCUGUGCUAACAGACUAACUCAAGUGUAGGAAGCAGACAGGGUUUUGAGACCCUUGUCCACAUUCCUCUCCUGGUUCCAUUCUGUAGCUUUUGAACAAAAAAAGUCUGUUUUUGUUUUCUACUGCUGCUGACAUCCUCAUUCUUUCCUUGAUCUGCCAAUGAGAGAAGUCAGUGGAUAUCUAGAUCCCACUCACAUGCAUCCCAUGUUGAUCAAGAUGAUAUACUGUAGAGUUGCCAAGACUGGUGAAAAAAAUGUUCAGUCCCUUUACCAGUGCCUUAAUGUGUGGAAAUGGGCAGCUGAAACUUUUCAAGGCAUGGAGGUAAAUAACAUCCCAUCAAAGGGACAGGGCGCUGUUUCUCCUGGUAGUUGGUAAAUCCGUGUGCAGGGCUGUAGGCAGCUCUGAACCUGAGCUCUGACACUUCAAGGUUUUAUUGUGAAAGGGACAACACAGGCAUGGGAAAGAGUUGUGAGUAGCCUUUAUGGGGUAGGCACCAUUCUACACAAUCACAGCAAAAUUCUUCUCAAAACAUGAACAACAGUGGGAAGCUCCAUCUGCACUUACACACAGCUGGUCCUUUUUGAAAUAUCCCCAGUAGACUCUGUCCAGCAACCUGGGCACUAAUCAUGUAAAGUUAGCCCAGCCCCCUUUCUUCAGUGCCUGUUGGAAGAAGUACUAUUUUUGUUAGCUUGUCCUUGGCACUGUUUCCUCAGUGUGAAACUAAACGUUUCUUAAAAAUGUUGACCUAGUAUUUUUGAGCACAGAGAAAUUAGUAGGAGUAAGCAGGACUCGGUGUUACUCAGACAUAGCUCUCUCCGUAGCAUAUUAGCUUUUUUUUAUUUUCUAGACAAGUUGAAUCCUUGCCUGGUGCUGCAAGCUACAUCUGAGAUGGAUGCUAUGGCUCAUAUCCCUCUACUGCUAUGGCAUCCUUUUUAUGUGAUUAGGUAACCUGGAAUAAUUAUCAUCAGCUGUUUCUUUAUUCAGCCACUAAUGUUGAUUAGAAGCUCUACUCCAGGAAAGAAUGGGAAAAUCUGCCUUUUUACUAUUCUUUGAUUGCACUGAUUGUGAGUACGAAAGGGUUGUUAAGGCCUGUUAAGGAGUAACUAAUCCUGAUCUUCUUGAGUAGGCACCCCUUAAGUGGCAAGGUACAUGUUUAAAGCUUGACUAAGAGGCUGUAGACUAUAUCCCUUCCCUUAUGAGUACAAAGGAGCAGGGCCUCAUUGCUUAUACACAACACAGCUCUUUCUCGAACAGACUUGUAAUCUCCAGUUCACAUAUAGGGUGCUCCUUUUAUGAAGCACUCUCCUUUUUCAACCUUAGCUUUUCCAAUCCCAUUCAGUCAUGUUUCAGGCUUGAAAUUCAAGAGCUGGCAUCCAUUUGCCUUUGAAGAAAGGCUCCAGUCUGCAGUGCUGGGAGAGAGAGUUCAAGCUUCUACAGUACAAUCCUAAGCAGAGGUGUACCUUUCUAAAUCCAGUGAAGUCAAAUAGUCUUAGAAGGAUGUCACUGUUUUGGAUUGUGCUGUUAGAAAAGCAACCAUGGGCUAGCUUGAGCGGGGGGGGGGGGGGGUUCUGUGUAAGUUGCUGCUUCAGGGAAAGUAGAACUGGUUUUGUUUGCAUUGUGAGGGAAAGGGUCCCCCAUUUAAGCAGCCCUGCUGCCAAGAAUGUGAGCAAGUCAGAGGGCUACAGAAGACCUUGUGCUUACAUGGCUCCUUUAAGUACCAUGGGAGAUUUCAUGCUGCCCGAGUCCUUGUAUAUCUCUGCUUUACAUUGGCUCUCCACCUUUCCCUUUUUUAAACACACCAUUCCAGAAGAUAAGCCUAGCCCAUUUUUUUUUAAUUGUAGUUGUAAUCUAUUUUAAAAGCAGCACUUCUGGUUCUGUUCUCAAUUCUGGGAGGGAGGGCCUUGUGCGCCACAGCUUUGGGAUCAAAGACUCCAGUGUUUCAGCCUGGAGAGUAGCAUCUGUUCCUAGAUAAUACGCUGUUGACUUCCUUUGUGCCUCUUUUUCUGCUUUGUUGUCUCUUAUCUUUCCUAGAGGACAUAUCCAUGCUUAGUUAUCUAUAUGGAUUUUGUGCUAGAAGGUGCUUUCAUGCUAAGGACUUGAAGCUUUGUCUUGUCUACUGAGUUUCCUUUCUUAAUGUAACUACCUCUGUUGCCUGACCAGAAUCACACUGUGGCCACAGAAAUGCUGCCUGGAUUCGUAACUUCUCUACUGUCAAGUCAUUGAGUUUUAAACUGUAUGCUUGUCAAUACAAAGAUGCCUGGACCAACACAGGCAUGUUGAAGAACGUGUGAGAGAAAAAACCUUGCAAGUGAGCCUUGCAAGAACUACUGGGUUCUAUCCCCAGCCCUUUUUGGAUAACAUGCAAGAGUUUCCUUGGUUCUGUUCUUGCUUCUAAUGUUCACUUGCUGAAUAAAUUUUGGCUAUUCCUUUCUUAUCUGCAGAAGAGGGGAAACCAGCUUUGACCUCUAUUAGAAAGCAUUUUGUUAUGCUUGGAUGCAGAGCAUUACUACAUCUGUGUGCUCAGGCUAUAGGAUGAAAAUGUGUGUGUUACAGUAAAGUAUGGGUAUAGCAUGCUUUGCUGUAGAGUAUGGAAGUCUUGGACAGACUGUAAUUCGGGACUGCAUCAGGAAGCUUUGCGGUGUGAUCCUGGGCAUAGAAUUCUGCUCUUGAAAAUUUCAACUUUUAUUUUUUUCUAAAAUCAAGUUUCUAAAUUUUAAGGUUGUAAACAUGGUUUUGUGUGUAAAUUUCCAAAGCCAGGAUGGAAGCAAGAUUUCUAGGAGCCAAGGCUUUAGUGCCAUUUGCAGGUGUCUUUGCCUGUGCAAAAUAAGUAAACACCUAUAAAAUUCCCUACUUUGAAUAAUUUAUACCACUCACAGAAUUCAGCCAUAGACAUUUGAUUUGGUUUCUAGGUUUACCUCACCUUGGCCCAGGAUACAGUGAACGGAGUCUGACAUACAGCGUGGGAACACUAGAGGCAGAUAAUGCCCACAUUGGGAAGGGGUGUGUGAGCGAAUAAUCCCAGCUUUUAAAUGUGGAUUGAUACCUCAGGAUUAACUUUAUUCUCCGAUUUAAACCCUCGUAUGCUCUUAUAUUCAACACUGUAUCCCCAUGUACAGUUUAUGCGGUUUUAAAGUUCAAAGUCUGUAUCUUCAACUAAAAUCAUCUUACCAUGUAACAAAUUA